UGGGCCUGGCCCUGCGUGUUGUCAGUUCUGAAAUGGUGGCCGUAGCAGGAGGUCCCUCUCGACCGCCAUCAUCGCGACCGUUUCCGCAUUCUUGUGGUUGUGAUGUUGCCUCAUCAAUGAGGAGGGAAAGGGUGUGAGGGAUUAAAAAAAAUAAGAGAAAAGAAAGCAACAAGGAAGGCGUGAAUGACUUUGAGAUGUAAAGUCGUGUGUGUGUUUUCAUAUAUAUACAAUCCAGUGAGGUCACAGAGGACCUUUUUUAAUAUGCACGCUCGUGUCCAGUGAUUGUUUUCGGUGGCUUUUAUAUAUAUAUAAAUAAAUAUAAAUACAUAUAGUUGUGUAACAGGGUCAUCCUGAGCAAAUAAGGAAAUGGUGCUCGUUAGUGAGACGAGAUCUAAGAUACGGCAGAGACGCUGAAUCGCUAAAUAGUGUAACCUCGAUCCGGGAGGAGAAAUCUGACGGGGGGGAAGAAGUGCGUCUCGGGUUGUCAAUGAGACCUUCUCCUGAGGGAGUUGUUUGUUUGUGGUCUUUUCGAAGACUGGCAUCAUGCCAUGGAAUUGAAGUCGCUGGAGUGCCGUACUGGAAUGAACCAUUUUUAGGAUGCUGGACUUGAGCUGGAAUUAACUAUUUUUAUUUCAAGUAAAUCCCGCCCCUUCUCGCCAACGAUGGCUAGUCGGUUAGUUUGGCUACUUGUCGUACUUGGAUUGGGUAACCGGUGUGCCUGUCACCGGCCUCGGCUUAACGUCACGGACGAAUUUGUGGUGGACAAUCGAACCGAUAAGAGGUUUUCCAUCCGCUGCGAGGGGACGGAGAAACUCUCCUGGAACUGGACUUCGUCGAUUCAACCUACGGACGAAAUCUUGAACAUAUCAGACGAGUUCCAUGGAAGCACGGAUUUUCCCUACGUCUCGACGUUGACUGUAACAGACCCAUACUCAGUGGACACGGGUUUCUAUCGUUGCCACUACAAGGAUGUGAAAGACUAUGUUCAGGAAGAAGACAAAGUUGCCAGUACCUAUGUUUAUGUAUAUGAUGGUGAGAAUGGGCUUGUUCCCAAUUACGAAACUUCGUUAGUGAUCACCACUGACAGAAAACUGGUCAUCGACUGUCGCCCUACGAUGCCAAACAUCACUGUUACUCUUUUGAAAGAUGGGUCUCAGGUUUCCAGCGACGACAGGCGCAUUGUCUUUGACCGUAGACAUGGAUAUUCCAUAACAAAUGUUAGAGUACAAGAUACUGGAUUCUACGAGUGCAAGCCUUCCAGUCAUGAUACUAAUUUGUUUCUCAAGGUGUCUGUUGACACUGCAGCCAGGGAGACAGGGCUAGCCAAACCAGUCAUUGACUGGGAUACCAGUCAACAUUUUGUCCUUGGGUAUGGCUUCACAAUCAACUGUUCAUUGCUGACAGAUACUGAAGUGGCGUUCCACUGGACGUCGCCCAAUGACGACACUAAGCCUACAAUAGCACCUCCAAUCCCAGUCAAGCGCCAGGAUAUCUCAUACAGAAUGAGCUCUCUUACUGUGUCUAAUGCUACUCUGGAGGACUCUGGCUAUUAUAAAUGUAAAGUAUCAGCUUCUGGGAUGGAACCUAAUGAAGAUAUGCGCAGAAUUGAUGUUCAAGGUGCUAUGGAUGCUUAUGCAAACAUCACAAGUAUUUCAACAAUACCGAUAAUGGAGACUGAUUAUCUCAAAUGGAAAGCUUUGGUUGUAGCAUUCCCCCCAGAUCCCCAGAUAAUUUAUCGUAACUACAAAGGAGAAGAAGUGAAGGAAUCAAGUAGGAUAACAACAGAACACCACAUUGGAGACGCUGUGUCUUGGCUUAAGAUCCAGAAUAUCUCGGCUGCUGAUUUUGGGAAUUACACCAUUGAAGCCAUCAUAGAACAUGAGGAAGUCAAUGAAUCCAAAACCAUUUUGAUUGAAGUUAAGAGCAAACCAUACCCAAAAAUCUCCCAGGUCCCUCAGUUCAUGGAGGAGGACAAAAAACUGAACGCCAUCUGUACAACAAUUGGGUUCCCCAUACCGAACGUGACGUGGAGUUUCCAGUCCUGCCCAGGAGGCUAUAAAAACUGCUUCAGUAGUUUUGAAGUCAUCGAGAUACCCGAGGCAGAACCAAGUGUUCUGCCACCUGGGAAUGUCAUCAUGUCGGAAGUCAGGUUUUCCCCAAAAGAAUCGGGCAUCCUGAGGUGUCAAGCCUUAAAUGAGUAUGGCUUAAAGAACUCAGAUUAUCCUCUCUCAAUCAGUGAUAUUGGAGGGAAUCUGGUUUUUCGCCUAUCCAGACAAGGCAUCGACAUUGAUUUCACAAAACGACAUAACUUGAUUGACAUUGUUGUUGAUGAUCCAUCAUUUAAGAUCAUGUGCGGUGCCACCAAAUUCUUUUACAGGACAGCAUCGCUGAAACUGCCAGGAAUCGCAGGUUUGGCAACUGUUAGCAACGAAACAAAAUAUUCUAGAAGGGAGUGGGUGGCGACGCCUAAAGUUACCAAAGACUUAGCUGGAAAAUAUCAGUGUUCAGCUGCCAGAAACAAUGACAGUGUUCCAAUUAUCAGGGAAGUCAUGAUCCGGGUACUCGACCAAGAGCGGGUAGCAUUCGUGAAAUCAAAUAUGCAUCCAGAUGGAAACGAAGUGGUAAUGACUGAACAUGAUACCUUGGAUUUGAACUGCACUGUCUCUGGUACUCCUACUCCAAAAAUUUCGUGGUUCAAGGAUGAUGCACCAUUGCUUCCUGAUUCUGACUUCUUCGACAAUGAAACAGUGUUCCUGAAAAACAACCAUCAGACAAUCCAUUUAAAGUAUGUGUUCAGGAACACGGGCGUCUACUCUUGCACUGCUGAAAAUCGACUGAAUAAGAUAACAGGAUAUCUUACUAUUGCUGCUCCUAGGCCAGGACUAUCUUCAGGAGCAAAAGCUGGGUUGGCAAUGGCUAUUAUAGGUAUUGUCUUUUUGGUGUUUGUUGUUCUGUACUUGGUCAAACGAGUCAAGAAUGAGAGGAAAUUCCGCAAGUCCUUCAGACAAAAUGAGCUCUACCUCUUUGAGAAAGGAAACAUUGGCCAGCUAAACCCAGACUGCACAGCUGAUGAACAGGCGGAACUUCUGCCGUAUGACCCAGCCUGGGAGGUGGAUAGAGCCAGCAUCAGAAUAGGCAAACAGUUAGGAGCUGGUGCCUUUGGACGCGUCGUGAAGGCUGUGGUGACGGGACUAGAGGAGGAUAGACCGCAGACAACAGUAGCUGUGAAGAUGUGCAAAAGCCAGGCUGAUCAGUCCCAGGUGAGAGCUCUGGCUCUCGAGCUCAAGAUCAUGAUUCACUUGGGAAAGCACCUGAAUAUCGUCAACCUUAUGGGAGCGAACACAGUUCACAUUGGCAAAGGUGAAUUGUGGAUUCUUGUUGAAUACUGUCGGUUUGGGAAUCUCUUGUCUUUCAUGCAACGCAACCGCAACAAGUUCAUCAACCAGAUAGAUCCUGUGACGGGGAAAAUAGAUUGUAUGAAAGUAACGCCAGAUGGCAUGACCCUGUUUUCACCUGGAUCACAGCAUAGCAGUUCGAGAGGCUUCCAACCAGGGGUGGUCACUGACUUUGAUGGUUAUUUGGCUCCAUCAGUGUCAAAGUUCAGUCUGGCGUCUCCCCCAUACAAAAGACAAAUUACCACCUCUCCUCCUGGGACACCAACUUCAGUGACUGGAUCUGUGAACGGGAUUCGACCACACGUCGACAACCCGAUGUACAACAUAGUUCUGCAGAGGUCCAUCAGCGAGCAUCCCGAUGGAGACUCAGCAGAGAGGAGCCAAUCUGGUGGGUCUGGGGAUGUUCAGAGACUGAAUUCCAUCACAAGUCUAGAGAGGGAAAGAAGGGACAGGAUGGAUUCAGUCACGCACUCUGAUGAGAGCAGCAAACAGAGGUUGAACUCUGUCUCACACUCCGAUUCUGGGUCUGCUGGGUAUUGCCAGGGACACAUCACCAAUACGGACAUGACAACUGUACCCCUGACUCUUUUGUCGCCUCUGUCUCCAACAGAUUCUAGUCAUGCAAGUGAUUUUGGAUUGGAUUCCAAAGGAAACCCAUUCAUCUAUGAUGCUGGUAUUGUCCCAGCAGUGACAGCCCCAUUCACCACAAGUGACCUAGUUUGCUGGGCUUGGCAAGUGGCACAGGGCAUGGACUACUUAAGCCAACGAAAGGUUCUUCAUGGGGACUUGGCUGCGAGAAAUCUCUUGCUUGCAGAUGACAAUGUCAUCAAAAUCAGUGACUUUGGUUUGUCCAGAGAAAUGUAUAAGAAGGACGUGUACAUGAAAAAGGGAGAUGACCUAAUGCCCAUUAAGUGGAUGGCCAUAGAAGCUAUUCGAGACCGGAUUUUCAGUGUGCAGAGUGAUGUUUGGGCUUAUGGUGUUGCGCUGUGGGAAAUCUUCACUCUUGGCUCAACACCCUAUCCAGGGAUAGAAGUGAACAAGGACUUCCUGAAGCUUAUCGAAGAAGGAUACCGCAUGGACAAGCCAAAAUGCGCAAACAUGGAAGUGUACGACAUUAUAAUGUCAUGUUGGGAGAGUGACCCUCGACUCAGACCAUCUUUUUCUCAGGCUGCUGAACAGUUAGGAAGUCUCAUGCUGCCGGAUCUCAAAGGGCAAUAUAUGGACAUGAAUGACCCUUAUCUACGGAUGAAUGAAGAGCGUUUCCGAGAGGGCACCGACUACUUGAACAUGCUGGCCAGUCCAAACUUUGACAACCUCAACAGAGAUGAUACUGCUGGGCUCCAUUAUGUCAAUGUUGGGGAAAUAUCAAAUGGCUCAAGGGACAGCAACUAUCUAGACAUGAAGUCACCAAACUCUGUAGGAUAUUCGCGUGUUGGCUUCAGUCCUGCCGUAGGGGAAGCACAAAGAACUUCCUCCUCUGCAACGUCAAAAUCUCACUAUCUUCCGAUGAGUGCUGGUCAAACAACCCCCAGUCCUCUUGCAGACGUGUUUAGUCCUCGUCCAAAUGAAGCGCCGAAAUUUACUUUCUCACCAAAUGCAUCUGAUAGACCUUUGCCUGGUAGACUCACAGACCUGCCUGAAGAAGAGGAAGUGGCUUCACAGACGCAACAAAGAGAAGGGGAUGGAGACAUGACAGAGAGGUCAUCACUCAUCAGCAACCUGUCAGCGAGUUCAUCGAGAGAUGAUGUGACAAGUGAUGAGAAACAAGAGAGUUCCCAUCCAUCUGAUGGGGUUGUUGCAGAUGACAGUGCCUUAUAUGUGAAUCUUCCGACGCAUGGUGUCGACUAUGCGAAUUUAUAGAAGUUGGUGAUGAGAAAAGUGUAUAUAUGUAAAUAUGAGCAAGUGUUCUAUGAUGUUUUUUAUUCUUUGUAAAUUUCUGUAUUGAUCAUUAAAGCAUAAAUUGACAGUGCUUUGGACUAAGGCAAAAUGAAGUAUGUAAUAUAAAUGAGUGUUCAGAAUUGCAGAAAUGUUCACAAAGGCAAAUAUGUAUUUUUGUUGCAGUGAUACAACACAUACUACUAUAUCCUUGAACUUAGACACUGGAAGUGCUUGUGUGUAUUCUUGCAUACUACAGAUUAUAAAAUUUCUACUGUAAAUAGUGAUCAAGAACUAUACAGGAAAACCACUUAUAUUGUCAUGUUUUGUGUCUUGUUAAAAUAUGGUCUUGUGAAGACCAUUUAGUGCCAGGUUUAUGACGUCUAUACGAAUUACUGUCUUACUUCUGGACAGGAGACUGUAAAGUCAUCAGUGUUUUCUUUUUGGAAUUCUGCCUCUGUAUAAUAUCUACAGAUGUCGACAAACUGAAAAAGUUAUUCUUUAAGGUAUGUAUGUAUGUAUCUUGAAUUGAAGUAUAUUGAAAGAUAAGAAAUAUUGGCAAGCAAGGUGGCUUGAAUUAUUAUGAUUAUUAUUAUUGUUAUUAAUCAAAAUAUGGACACAGUGCAUGUGAAGAAAAAGUCAUCAACUCUAUUGCAAUGAUUAUCUCAGGAAGAGCAAUGUGCUGUAAGAGAUGUUUAUCAGUGUUUUGGAGGAUAGCGAUAGAGUUCCUUUUGUUUGUUUCUUUUUUUUUUACUGCAAUACAUUUGUACUUGACAAGUGGUUUUAGUUUUUGAUGAGGUCUUGAGCUUGAACCCCCUCCCUCCUCCCCUAUCAUGCUGCCACUCCUACCAAUACUAGUAGUAAAAGUGUUACAUGGCUAGGAAAUUAUUUUCUUUUUCAUUUACCCAAAUGCUCGUUCUUGUAUUCCAGUGGCACCUUGUAUGGGGGUUAUCCAAUGAAGAUCUGGGUACCUAUACUCCUAUGAUAGUAUUACACAAUUCAUAAUUAGCCAAUAGCUUUAGAAAUUUAAUCUAUUCUGAAUGUUCUUGUGAUGGGAUGCAGCUGAAAUUGUUAAACUCCUGCAUUUUGGUUACAAAACAGACCUGGGUUAUGUUUUCCAGGCAAAGACGAUGAUUUCCUUUGUACUUUGUCCUAAAAGUAGGUAGUUUGAAGUGACAGAGAACAACUUGACUUCUCAUGUAACUUACCAGAGUGCAAUUAUUGUAGUAAGGUGUUUUAAGCGCUAAAAUCUCAUAUUUAAACAGUAAAACUGAGCUAGUUGCUGGUUUUUAGACGUGAUCCAUAGACUGAUUUUCACUUUUGAAUCUAAGCGUUAUUUUGUACAUGAAUUAUUUGUAUCAAGGUUGUGCAUUUACUAUAUCUUUUGACAGAGACCAGUAUGUAUACCAUAAAAUCAUUGUGACUUGAGAGAAUCUUUAAGUUCAUUUGUCUUCUGUCUAUCACAGCUUUUCUUGACAGCUUAGUUUAUAUUAGCUGUGAAUCAUGGUGUUUCAUGGAGGACCAAUUCCAUCUGUGAAUUAAGCCUCAAUAUCAGUCAGAAGUAGUAUAUCAGACAUAAUUUCGGGUUGAUAUGAAUGACUUCCUUUGGAUUAUCUCUUUUCAGUCUAAUUUAGUGUUUGCCAGUAGCAGGAACAUUUGAAUUUGUGAGUAAUAAACCACAUGAUUUCUAUACUAUUGGGAAUACAUAGUAGAUUUCUGCUUUUGUUUUUGGAAUUUUGGAAAUGAACCUGUAAUAGGUGUUACUUUUAUUCUCUGCUUAAAAUUUAACAAUUAUUAAGAGGUUUUAAGGAAAUUCCCAUGUGACAAAAUUAAUUUGCCUUUUUCGAUUGCUGAAUUUCCUUAGAAUUCUGAUGCCCGACAAGGUUCCGCACUUGUAUAUUUACACCUUUUUCUCCAAGGGAUGACACAGUAAUUAUACUGUGCUUGUUAUCUAUCUUUUUAUAAUUUGUGAAGUUAAAGAUGUAGUUUCUCUUUUGUUAAGCCCUCUGGAUAUCAAUAAAUGUGACGGUACCCUAGAUCUACCUAAAGUAAUAAUAAUAAUAAUAAUAAUAAUAAUAAUAAUAAUAAUAAUAAUAAUAAUAAUAAUAAUAAUAAUAAUAAUAAUAAUAAUAAUAAUAAUAAUAAUAAUAAUAAUAAUAAUAAUAAUAUUUAUGGGAUGUAAAUAUUGUUGAACAUAUUGUAUGUGCUACAAACUAGUACUUAAAGAUGGAUGACAUUCAUCUCCUCAUGUUAUGGUAUACAUUUCUAUAUUUUCUACACAUCGUCUGGUCGUCAUAUUUAGCUGAGUGUUAUAAUAAUUAUUCGUGUUUAGAACAUUGGAAGAUACUGAUUAUUUCUGCAUAUUGCAAGACAUAAUUUGUUAUAGGAUAGUGAAAGGUAAUUAUUUUUGGACAAAGCAAGGUGCUGCUUGUUUUAGGAGAAUGAAAGAUGUAAUUUGUUACAGGAGAUGGAAAGAUGUUCGUUUUAGGUUUGUGAAAUAUGUGAGGUUACCUUACGAAUGUGGCAAUGACUGUACAUUUAGUGUAUUCUUGAAGACGCAUCUUACUCGAGAUAUACUUUUAUGAUGUGUUGUUCUGUUUGUUUAAUAAUAUUGAACAAAAAGGCCUCUUCGUACCCCACAAUGUUCUUCAGUGAUUUUUUAAUAUUUCAAUUGUUGCUGUUUGUUGAGCAGAAGUCCGCAUCAUACCUGGCUCUUGUGGUCAUGGUAAUUUUGGUGCUAGAUAACUAUCAAUCUAUCCUUGCGUUGUGGUAGGUCAAGCGAAGCUUAUGGUGAAAAUUACGUCUGCAGAAGAAAGCUAAUGAAUGCAAGAAUUAUUUGGAAUUACUUCAAUUAUUUUCCAAUGUAAUGCUAACUUUCUCUGUAAAACAGGCAAUUCCUGUCAGACAAUUGUCUUGUUUUAGUAUAUUAUUGCAUGCAUGCAUGAUUGCAAAUCCUUGUUGUAUGCAUAUACAGUACGUACAUACCCUUGCAGAUUCUUUGUUUUGUGUGUGUGUGUGUGUGUGUGUGUGUGUUGUGUAUGGGAGAGAUAGAGAGAAAGAGAGAAAAAAAAUUGGAGAGAGAAAAAAUUGGAGAGAAUGCAAGUGGGGGAAUAUUUUUAGCAAAGAAAAUGGGAGAUGGUCUUCAUGUUCGGCUUCUUAGUAGAUUCACUCACCAGAUCCGUCAAGUCAGUGUAUAAAUCAUACAUGUGUACGUAUAGAUUUCAAAGUUCAUUCCUUGAAGUAAAAUACAUUAAUGUACAUAUCAAGAAUUCACUCAUCUUCAAAAAACCUGAUAAGGGUUUGUAUUAAAAGUACGCCAGUGUCUUUUAGCAUUACGGGAAGUGAUGUGUGUUGAAAAUGUACUUAUGUCUUUAAUGGAACUGCCUAGGGUGUAUUUAGGAAAUACACUUGUGCCUUAAUCAUCAUUGACAGGUGUGCAUAUCAGAGUACAUUUGUUCUGUGAAGAAAUUACUUUGGAUGUGUUAUGUGUGUAUCAGUAAUACUCCCAUUAUUAAUGGAACAGGUAGUUGUGUAUGUUGAAAAUACACUUCUAUUUUUAACUGAACUGUUAUACAUGGUGCUUUCCUUGUCAUUUUUUUUAUUGUUAUACAGCCAAAGAAAAACAUUGGAUAUAAGAGGCUUGUGCUGUUUUGGUGCUUCAAGAACAGUGACCAUUUACAGAUUGUAUCCUGCUUGGGGAACAUGAAAUAUUUCUGUUCAGGGAAAUCUUGUAACUUUCAGAGUGGGCUUCAAACAGUAUGCGAGUGGCUCUGUCCACCUGCAAUUAUAUUCCGUACAAAUAAUACCUAGUGAUGCGUACAAUUGUGGCAGUGGACCACAGUGGUGUAAGUAAAAUAUGGCCAUAUUUUAUAUAUUUUAUAGUUAAGGUUAUUUGGAGUUUUAUGAAACCAAAGUGACUGAAUGAAAUCUAUAUAAAAGACUGUAAUUAUGACUAUUUCAUUGUUCAAUAUUUUGAAAAUAAAUUAAAUGAUUAAACAA